AUGAACAAGCUUAAGCUUGAUGCCGAAACAUGGCAGGAGAAAUCGGAUGAGCAGACUGAGAAAGUGAAAACUCUUGAGCAGAAGCUUCUUGAAAAGGAUAAUGAAAUCAAGGCAUUGACAACCAAGAAUCAGACAUUAGAGGAGGAGAAUGAAAAAGUUAGUGGUGAGCUAGAAGACCUUAAAAAGGUUGCUGGUGAAUCCACACAGCUUAAGUCGACAAAUGAGAACUAUACAAAGAAGAAUUCGAUGUUGGAGGAAGAAUUGGAGGCUUCUGAUAAAAAUUUGAAGGAAACUACUGCAAAGUUGAGAGAAACUGAUGUCAAGGCUGAGCAGUUGGAGAAGAAAGUUGCUUCUCUUGAGGCUGAGAAGGCAGAAUUAGAGACUAAAUAUGAUGAACUUGAGGAGAAGUUUAAGAAGGCAUCCGACGAGUUGGAGGAGAUCAACAAACAGUUGGAGGAUAUAUAA